AUGGCCAACUUCAGCAAACCCCAGAGCAUGAUGACCAUGUUGAUUGCACUUUUCGCACUACUCCAGAUUACUGUUGCGUCGCAACACGGCGCACACCACCACGCCCAUCGUCGCAACGAUGAGAUCAAGGCGCAUAUUGAUGAGGUCGCUGGUGCCCUUGCCAAGCGUGACAUUGGUCCCUACAUUGCUAUUAGCGGUGUCUGCAGUACUGGAACCCGAUGUCCUACCCUCGUCUCGAGAUCCGUGAGUUGGCGAAAGAAUGCCGAUCAGUGGAACUUGUACCUCCUUGGUAUGGAGAGAUUCAUGAGCAAGGACAAAGGCGACACUCUCAGCUACUACCAGGUUGCUGGUGUCCACGGUCGUCCAUUUACCACUUGGAACAAAUUCCCCACUCCCCUCGUCAACCAGGCAGGUUUCUGCCCCCACAACUCCAACCUGUUUGGAUCAUGGCACAGGCCCUACCUUGCCAUCUUUGAGCAAGCUUGGUACCUCGCAGUCACUGAGGUGAUCAACGACUUCCCCCAGGAUCAGCGCGACCGAUGGAACAGGGCGGCGGCUACCCUCCGCAUGCCAUACUGGGACUGGGCGCAAGAGACCAACGGCGGACCUACUGUCCCUACUCAGAUGCGUGACCAGCAGGUUACUGUCACCAAGCCCCAGGGCCAAGUCAGAAUCAAUAACCCGCUCUACUCGUACAGCUGGGGUAACUCCCUGCCCGCUGAGAUUGGUGGUGGUCCCUGGAACAGCUUCCCCCAGACCCUUCGCCGCCCAGUUGCAAACCCCACCCGCAGCAACAACAACGAAAUGAACGGCCGUUUUGAUAGCAUGCGCGUCUCUCUCCGUGACCGUGUCUUUGCUCUCUUCGCCAGCAAGCAGUCCUGGGGAUACGCAUCCACCUCGCAGAUUGGUGUCCGAACUGAUCUUAGCGGCAGCGGUACUGACAGCUUCGAGUCCGUCCACGAUGCCGUUCACAACGCUGCCGGUGGAGAGUCCGGAGGACACAUGUACUACCUCGACAUGUCCGCUUUUGACCCGCUUUUCUGGCUGCACCACUGCAACAUUGACCGUCUGUUGAACAUGUACCAGUACAUCGUUCCCGACACCUGGGUCGCCAAUGGUAACAUUCCCCGCCCCAUGGCUCAGUGGAACCAAGGCGAGUCGAAGAACGGUGGAACUCCUCUCAAGCCUUUUACCAAGGGCACCUACGGCGAAUACUUCACCAGCAACGACGUCAGGGAGACCCGCAACUUCGGAUACUACUACCCCGAGACAAGCGAUCGUUCAUACAGCCAGGUCGCUCAGGCUGUCACCCGUCUCUAUGGUGCUGGUUCUCGUCAACUUACCAAGCGUGACGCCAACACUAACCAGAGGACUGGACAAUACCUCGGCCGUGAUUUCAAGGAAGGCGACUACAACCACGUCCUCGACAUCACUGCCGACAAGUUCGCGAUUGACGGCUCCUAUACCAUCCACUGCUUCAUCGGUAACAACGGUAACGCGACCACCAACUCUACCGCUCCCUACGGCAACGCCACCGCCUCUGCACACGGCCCAUACCCCACUGCCUCCGCUGCGCCUUCCUACACCCCCACGAACGGUACCGGCGAGGCUGUCGAGGACUACGACCCAGCGCAAGACUACACCCAGGACCCCAACUAUGUCGGCGCCUAUGGCAUCCUUGGACCCAUGAUGGCCGGUGGUGGCAACGGCUCCGCCCCCAUGAUGUCCCGCGGCUCUCUGCCUCUCACAACCUGCCUCCAGGGCAAGGAAGCCGCCGGCUACCUCGCAUCCCUCAAGCCCGAAGACGUCGAGCCCUACCUGGCCGCCAACAUGUACUACAAGGUGGUAACCGACAAGGGCGAAGUCGACGCCUCCACCAUCCCCAACCUGCACAUCGCCGCAAAGUGCAACAAAGUCAUCCCUGCCGCGUCCCCCGAUGAGCUGCCCGAUCUGUCCUCGCCUUACCAGGUCCUGCCUAAGGCCACCGAGGGCAAGCCCGCUGGCAAGCCGUUCACAUACACUCCCCAGCCCAUCGAUGUUGUUGCCCCUAGUGCCAACUAUGCUGAGGACGAGUACAACACGGGAUACACGGAUAACAACAACGGCGGUAACUAUCAGAGCCCCGUUGCUGGUAUGCCAUGGCAGGGCGAGACGGGUUACUGCCCGACUGUACAGACGAUCAAGUACGUGUACCCUGACGGUGCGCCUGCUUCGUACUAA